UGAAUAAAUACAAUUCUCAAUUGCAUUGUUUUAUACGGCGACAGUUGUUAAAAAUAUCAUUGAUUUUUUUACCCUCAAUAGUUUACAUACACUUAUUACUUUUGCUUGCUCAAUUUAAAUACACGGGGUUAAAAUUUGCAAUUUAUUAGUUUCCAUAACUAAUGGAGUCAAUCGAAAUAAAAAACAUCAAUAAAUAUAUCGAGUUUGAAAAACAAAAGUUUAUAACUAAGUAUGGUAACCCAAAUAUGGACGUUAUUCCAGUAUCCGAUUUGGUGUUUGCUCAAAAGCUAUGGACGGGUAGUUUCGGCCAUGUGGUGUUGGCUCGACAUUGUGCUACCGGUGAGUUAAAAACUGUGAAAGCAGUAAGUGCUAGAGUGGCAUCCACUUCACCGAGAAAUGUGAACGCCGACCGAAAUGUUAUGGCGGCGAUGGGUACGUUCCCAUUCACAGUCCGAUUGGAAUGCUGGGCGGCAGACGCUGAAUGGUUGUACUUCAUCAUGCCCAUGGUUUCUAUCGGUACUCUAUUCGAGCUGGUGUCUGAAUACGGAAGGCUCAGCGAGAACGUGGUCCGUUUUUUCUCAGCUCAGAUUUUGCUAGGAAUUGAAUUCUUGCACGCUACAGGUCUGGUGCAUCGAAAUCUCAAGCCUGAGAAUGUGCUGGUCAACGUCAAUGGUUAUGUGCGGCUAUCAGGGUUCGGUGAAAGUAAGCUGAUUGGGCGGGCCAGUCGCACAUAUUCUUUGUGUGGUACUCCCGAUUACAUGCCACCUGAGAUGGUUGGGUUCCGUGGCUAUGGUUUGGCCGUAGAUUACUGGAGCCUGGGCAUCAUGCUAUAUGAGAUGGCAGCUGCACGUCCACCGUUUAUAGGACCAGACGUCGGAGUGUUGUUUGGGCGAAUCUUGAGAGGUGAAUACCGAAUGGAUAACAUGUUCAGCCCACCACUCCGAAACCUGAUUCAAAAUUUAGUUCAAACCGACUUGACCAAACGAUUAGGUAAUUUGAAAAAUGGAAUUUCCGAUAUUAAGAAUCAUACGUGGUACAGCGCUAUUAAUUGGUUGCAGAUAAUUAAUCAAAAAACGGAGUCACCUUUUAGACCAACUAACACCAGAUUUUUACCACCAGACUACGCAGAACUGAAGUUGCGGAAAAAUGACAACGAAUUUUUUGAUUUUUAAUUUUAAUUAAUGUUUUUAUUUAUUUAUUUAUUUAUUUUUAAGUAGGUAUAUAGAAAUAUAUGAAGAAAAAUGCAGCAAAAUAUUGUAUAUUUUAGUAAAUAUUACUGAAUUGUACCGCUGACAAGGCGUGAUUUGCGUAUUGUAUUGCAUUAUAAUAAUUCAGUUAUUAAAAUAAUAAUAAAUAUUA